UUCAAAUAGAUAUAAAGCAGCGAAUUCAUUUGUCAAAUAGGUCAUUAGAAAGCUUCAGAAUCAAGUUACAGGAAGUUUAAAUCCAAGAGUACCAGUUCACUUAAUAGUGGCUGACAUAAAAAUCUAAUUAAUAAAGUAACUAUGCUUACUUCAUAGAAAAAAUGCACAAAAGCUGCUUUUGCUAUCUAAAACACAUUAAUAAAAAGAACCCUUGUGGGUUAGCAGUCUUAAAUAAACAUACUUCUUAUCAUUUUCAUGGAAAACAGUAUAAUAUAAAAAAUAUUUCCUGAGAUUCCAAUCUUUCUAGUACUGACUAAAAAGUGAGCAAGAAAAAGGGGAUUUGAACUUCAUAACAUGAUAUUGCUAAUUAAGUAACAUUUAAUGUAUUUCUAAUGAUUCACUUACAGGCCCUAAACUGUAGAGGACUAGUUUAAAGAAUCAUAUUGACUCUUAUGGAUGUGAGUGCUUUUCGGUGACCUGUGAAUUCAACUGUGAGCUCUAUGCAUUUGGAGGCUGCAAUAUUUGGACGUGUUCUAAACAUAACAAGAGCAAUGUCGUAUUUGCUGAAAAGAUUAUCUAUCCUACUUAUUCUCAUGUCUUUUUAGGCGAUAGUCAAGACAACUUUGGGAUCAUGCAACGGAGAAUAACUUUUAACAGUUUUCUCCAAACUCAAUAAAGUGUGAACAUGAACAAAGAAAACUGUACCACCGUCACAGAGUUCAUUCUCCUUGGGUUAUCAGAUGCCCCUGAGCUGAGGGUCUUUCUUUUCAUGGUGUUCCUCCUGAUCUAUGGAGUCACGGUUUGGGGCAACCUGGGCAUGAUUGCACUGAUUCAGGUCAGCCCUCGACUUCACACUCCCAUGUACUUUUUCCUCAGCCACCUGUCCUUGGUGGAUUUCUGUUACUCCACAACCAUUGUGCCAAAGAUGCUAGCUAAUAUCUUAAACAAAGACAAAGCCAUCUCCUUCCUGGGAUGUGCUGUGCAAUUCUACUUGUUUUGCACGUGUUUGGUAACUGAAAUCUUCCUGCUGGCCAUGAUGGCCUAUGACCGCUUUGUGGCCAUCUGUAACCCACUGUUGUACAUGGUCACCAUGUCCCAGAAACUCCGAAUGGUGCUGGUUUCUAGCUGCUACCUCGGUGGGACUGUGUGUUCUCUGAUUCACUUGUGUUUAACUCUUGAGAUCCCAUCCUACAGAUCAAAUGUGAUUAACCACUUCUUUUGUGACCUGCCCCCUCUCUUAUCUCUUGCUUGCUCUGAUGUCACUGUGAAUGAACUGUUUCUUUACAUUGUGGCCUCCUUCAAUGAGAUCCUCACCAUUGUGAUCAUCCUCACCUCCUACUUAUUUAUUCUCAUCACCAUCCUGAGGAUGCGCUCUGCAGAGGGAAGGCGCAAGGCCUUUUCCACCUGUGCCUCCCACCUCACAGCCAUUGUUGUCUUCCAUGGGACAAUCCUUUUCACUUAUUUCCAGCCUAGUUUUGGCAACAGUGCAGAUACUGACAAGGUGGCUGCAGUGUUCUACACUGUAGUGAUUCCCAUGCUGAACCCCCUGAUCUACAGUCUAAGGAACAAAGAUGUGAAAGGAGCUCUCAGAAAAGUGGUGAGCUCCAAAAUAUUUUCCUAGAAAAUAUUUCAAAGUGGAGGCUGGUGGAGGGAUGAAUGGGUGGGUUGCAGUGUAGGAGUGGAGAGGGCAGCCAAGGAGCAGGUCAUCAGUGAGUUGUUUGAUUCAGUAAUCUUUAUUAUUGAAUACUUACUUACCGAUUAGCAUAAAUACGUUUGAUUACUUACCAAUCAGCAUAAAUAUGUUAUUAAUUUGUAUGGCAGCUUGACCAAGAGUAUAUCUCAAUUCUUUUCCUCAGUAUACUCUAGGCAGUUUUCAUAAAAUGAUAGAGUAGAUUUGUUGUAAGUAUUGAGAGCUAAUUUUGUUUUUUUUUUUGGCUGGAAUGUUGUUUUCAAUUAGCUGUCAAUAUUAAUGAUAAUCUAAACAAAAAAUAACAAAUCUAGAUUAUUGUGUAUAUUAGGAAAGAUUCAUUACUUGUAAUAAUAGUAGUAAUAUUUAUUAAAAGAUCCCUCAUAGACACAAUUAUC